AUGAGUCAACCAUCAAUAAACCCCACCGCUAAAAUCCUGCAAUUUGCAGAAAACUGCAAGGAUCUCGAGUCCCAUUGUCACCAACAGUCCUUACCCCCAGACCCUGUUCAUUAUAAUACACAAUUAGAUGAGGCCAUUAAAGAGCUUCGAGAUCGUGCCGAGGCGCAGGAAUCUAUUCUACAAGAAUUACGAGCAAAACGACCCCUCGACCUUCCCCAGCCAAAUUUAGAUGCCCUUGCCCGCCUCGCACAAACCCACCGGGCAACACAUGCAUAUCAGUCAUUACUAAAUGAAACACCACAACUACCUACACCGAACUCACCUCUCAACACCCUGUUAACGCUCCGGCAGACAUUCCGCCUUGUCCAGGAACUCAAGUCUAGUAUCUCUGCCGCUGCCCAAGACCUUGUCAACAAUCGUGAGCGCCUGAAGACCGAAGAAGCGAAUUUGCGCGACGCUCGAAUGAUUACGGAAGAGCUACAGAAGAGAUUAGAAAAUCUGCAGCGCCAACAAGAGCAAGAAUCUGGUCGGCAGAAGAAACCUCAACAAAUCGCCAAGGAGUUGAUUGCCAAUGAAGAAGAGCGUAAAGCAAAACUUGAGCAAUCAACAGCAGAGCUGAAGGAUUCGCUCAAACGCUUCAUCGAUGACCGCCUUUCUCCAAUGCUUGCUGCUGAGGACCUAGGUGGCCCUGUAGUUAGCGACCAGAUUGAUAUUUCUGAUAGCACAUUAGAAGUGGGAUAUACCGCCCAUGGGAAGGAGCGAAAACCCAAAAAGAAUGCAGAAACAAGCCUUGACUCCAGGCAACAACGAAUUGAUACACUUGUGCGCAGUCGAAUGAGUGGUGUUGAGGGCCAUGGUUCGGCAGAUUCCAGCAAAAGACAGGCUGCUGCGACAAAAAUGCACACGCUUAUUGACAAACUACUGGAUGUUGCGGGUUCUUCAUCCUAUGUUGAGCUUCAGGAAGAUUCAGCGGCAUCGCGAUUUCUACUCAAGGCUAAAAUUGCGCAGUUUCACCCUCGAGAUUCGCGUAAAAUUCGAUUGAUCAAUGUUGCCAGAGACAUCUUAGACUAA